AAAUGAAUUAGGGAAAAUCAUACGAAAUUCAAGGAUUACUAAAAGCAGGUAUUUUCAAUUCAAAUAUUCUUAAGGCAUCGAUAAAAACCAAUAACCCAUUUAUGUUUUAUUGUAUAAUUUGAUUGUUCAUAAUAAAAAUUACGAAGAAAUAGCGAAGAAGUUUGAAUCCUAUUUACAAUAAUUCAGACCUUUUAAGUAUAAUAUGGAUUUAAGAAUAGAGGCUUUGUCUUAAUUAUAUGUUCAUAAGAUGAAGGAUUAAUGAAUGCGAAAAAUGUUAAGAAUCUGAUAAAGCAUUCUCUAAAGUAAUUUUUAUCACUAUUUAAGAGAAAGGUGGAUUAAUCGCAAUUGAAGAGAAUUGACAAGUUGAUUGUUAUUAGCAAUAAUUAAAAUUACGGAAAGAAGGAAAAAACAAUACCCUUCUAACUAAAAGGCCUACUCAAAGAUAAAGUACAUUUAUUAAUCAAGUAUUAUGUCUAUUUUAUUAUUCAAGUACUUCCUUUCUGGAUACCUUGGAUAUUGAAUUGCACUAGUCAGUCUAAAAGUUUUUAUGCAAUUAAAUCGAGUAUCAAGAAUAAUAAUCAUUUUAUGGGAGAGAUUUGGAGUCCUAUCCAAUUGGAAAGUCUGGUCUUCCUAUAUUUCUUGAGGAGAUAAUAAAAUAUUAUAAAUAAAAUAUCGAUUGCUUACGUUAGGAAGGAAUAUUUCGAUUGUCAGGUUCCCAUGAGUUAGAAACAAAAUUAGUAGAACAAUUAUUAUAAGAAAAUUAUGAAGCUAUUUAACAUUCAGAAUCUGAUGUAAUAGCAACUGUGUUAAAAAACACGUUAGUUAAUUUAAAAAAUCCUAUAUUUCCAUUUGAAAUCUAUGCAAUUCUAAGAGAUACCAACCCUGAAUUACCAAUAAAUGAAUUUAUAGAUAUGUUUAGCAUAUUUUUUGCUCAUUUAUCCAAAGUGAACAGAUUAACUGUAUUCAGAUUAGUAGAAUUCAUAAAAUUUGUUGCAGGAUUUGAAAAUGAAAAUAAGGUAAUUAUUUAAAUUAUAUUUAGAUGGGCCUACAUAACUUAUCAAUAGUGUUUGCCCCAUGUUUUUUUAGAACUAAAGAAGCCAAUCAAUUAGAUCUUUAAGGUGCAAAGACAGUCGUUUUGCAUUUUAAAUCCUUGAUCAAAAAUAUUGAUGAAUUUUUAGAAAAAUAAAUGAGAUUAAGCCAAUGA